CUCUAAAUGUUUCAAGGAUUCAGUCUAUAGUCUUUAUUAAGACCUUGUCCGUAAAACUUUCCACUCUCCACACAUCGCGCUCUCCAUUAUACAUGAAUUCUCUCCACUUUUUACACACACUUUUCGCUCUACAAGAAUUAUCUCCAUUCUCAACGUGCUCAGCACUCCUCUCUACAAGAAUUUUCUCCACUUUCUGCACUCUCAACCCUCUACACACUACACUCUCCACUCUACAAGAAUUCUUUCUACUCUGUCUUCACUCUCGCUAAACUCUUCAUUUCCAUUCUACAAAAAUUCUCUCCACUGUUUGCAGUCUUCACUUUCUACACACUACACACUGCUCUCGGCUCUGCCUAAACUCUCCACUUUUUCUUAACUCGUUACUCUCCACUAUACAUGAAUUCUCUCUGCUGUCUGCAACCUUUUACACACUACACUCUUUGCUCUACAAGAAUUAUGUCUACUCUGUAUAAGCUAAACUCUACAAGAAUUCUCUACACUCGUUCUAAAUUCGCUAGUUUUCACUUUGUAAAAGAUUUCAUACACUGCCUACAGUCUCCAUUCCUAUUCUCUCAACUUUGUUCUCCAUUAUCAACUUUUCACUCUUUACUCUCCACUCUCUAUUCUCCACGCUCUACUUUCUACUCCCUACACUCCACUCUCUACUCUCCACUCUAUAUUCUCUACUCUUCACUACCCACUCUCUACACUCCACUCUCUACACUCCACUCUCUACUCUUCACUACCCACUCUCUACACUCCACUCUCUACUCUCUACUACCCACUCUCUACACUCCGCUCUCUAUUCUCUACUCUCCACUGUCUCCACUCUCUCCAAUCGUAUAACUCUUUGCUCUCACACAGAACUCGCUUCAAGUUUGUUCGGUUUUUGUAUUGUACUGAGUUAAAAAGUCACUAAAAAUUUGAACUAAUCACGUGUGUUCGGGGGAGGCGCCGCAGUUGCAUGUUGCAUGUGGCGCAUGUGGCAAGUCGCGUGUCGCGUGCAAGUCGCUGAAAUGUGUCGCAGCGAAAGUGCAACAUUAAUGAGCAAGCAACGAGAGCAAUAAUAAAGUCAACAGCAGCUGGAAAAGGAGAAUAAGGAAACAUCGAAGAAGUCGACGAGGUGGAGGAGGCAAAGGAGAAGGAGAAGGGGGGCAGGCAGGGAGAGGAAAAGAAGCGAAGGAUCGAUAGCGAAUACGAAUUAGGAAAUAAACCAAGAUCAACAACAGCAGCUGGGCCAGGCACCGAUGUAGUCAACGCAACGUCGCCCGCCGCCAGAUGAUCGAAUGGUGGUGAUCCUUCUACUGUCGCCAUGCACAUGCAGCAGCAGCCAAGCGAGCAGCAGCAGCAGCAGCAGCAACCACCACCACCGUCACAUAGUCCCACCCGAAAUCCAUGCACACGAGCACAACCACAAUCACAGCAACAGCAACAGCAACCACAACCAUCACAGCAGCAGCCACAACAACUGCAGCCAGAGCAGCAACGAGAGCAAUCGAAGUGGAAGCGGAAGCAGCAAUGGAGGCAACGUCUCAUCAUCGGCUUCUACGGGUGACACUGCGAUCCCGGCGAGCACAUUCUACAGAACAGCACAGAGCACACACUUCACACUCCACAACUGGCCUAGUCAUAGUCAUAUUAGCUAUCAGCCAACAACAGCGGCGAAUGCUGUGCCGAAGCCGCCGCGCAGCUAUGCCUACGCCCCCUUUAGCCACGCCCACGCCCACGCCCCUGCACCGAUUGUGUUCCGCAUCUAUGGAGCACAAGAACAACAAUAUUCUCUGCCAGCUACAGCUACAGCAACGAGCCUGCCACAUUCACAACCAACAACAACAAAUACUAAUAACAAACAUCAUCAUCAUCAUAAUCAUCAAAAGCGAAAUCGUCGUCGCAUUGGCAGCACUGGCAACGGCCCUGCCACUGGCUACAGCAGCGCUGCCAACUUUCCCACCACUACUAACAGUGCCGUCGAUUAUGUGCGUCACGUGACACGCGUUAAUUUCUACGACGUUGAUACUUCGCAGGUCGGAUACGAGCCCAAAGAUGAUGACGAUGGCAACAACGAGGCGGCAACGGCAACUGCAACCGAUUGCGAUACAGAAGCUAUAACCAAAGAAGAGGAAUGGAUAACGAAGCGAAAAACCGAGCUAACGACAACGAGACAAAUCGAGACGCGGGUGAAGCGACAGGUGAAGCUGCAGGAUGGCAAAGUGAUCGAGGACUCCGGUCCCAUAGUGUCCACCAACACGACCGAGGACACAGACAAGCAGGAAACAGAGACAACGGAGAAGCGGGACUUGGGACUGCCAGAUGAGUUGGAUGGGAACGCACAGCUGAUUGAUGCAGCUGCGUUGGAAGCGAGCGCCGUCAACGAAUCGCAGCUGGCUCAGCUGCAGGAAUCGUUUGGCGUGGGCGGUGAAGGCGGGGCGGGGCAAGGUGGGAAGCUGGUGAAGCGCAUGGUGCCGCGUCCAGUCGAUGGGCUGGUGCGCCAGGUCGACGACAAGCGCGUCAUAUCGCAUGAGGAGAUCAAGGACUAUCACGAGACGCAGGAUGUGAGGCACCUGGGCGACUUUACCGAUGAGACGUACGUGAAGGCAGUGCGCGAGGGUGUCAAGGAUCUAGAGGCGGUGCUCUGCUCCCCGGAGAGUCAGCAGCAACUGGUGGCGCUCGGACCGCAGUUGGUGGCGAACACAAGUGCGUCGCGCAAAACCAUCGACUCGGAGGACACACAAAAACGUUGUCUGGCCCAAGAGGACGGCACUUUGGUAACGGAGAGCAAACGCACGACAGAACACGAGCUCAUACUUGAAGGCGACGAAGCGGAAGACGAACAGGAAGCAACGGGCAAUGCACAGUUGAGCACAAAGGCACAAAACGCGACGGUGACAGCGAGCCAAAGGUAUUUCAAGCAACGCGACGAGCAGCAUGUCGAUCUGCUAGACAGCGACGGCAAACUGGUGGCCACCGAGAUGCGCUACGCGGCGGAGACAACGCAAAUGGACAAGGAUGGCUCGCUGGAGCGUCCGGGCGACUGGGACAGUCUCUCCGAUCGCAUGCGCAAGCUGCGACGCACCCAGCAACAGCAACAACAGAAGGAGGUGGCACUGCUGGCGGAUCGCAAAGAUGCGCUGACCAAGCGACCCCUGGACUUUGAUCGCGAGGAGGAGACGCGCAAGGGCGAGACCAUGAAAUGGCUGGAGUCGCACUUUGGCAGCGAGUCGACAGCGUCGAACGAUUCACGUGACGACGAGGCAACGCGGGACGUGGACGCGGAUGUAGAGCCCACGAAGAAGAGCUACUUCAAUGUGACGAUUAAGUCGCAGAGUCAACUGCCAGUGAGCGGUCACAAUGCAACUGUGCCGCUCACCCACACUUUGCCGCGCAGCGCCGAACGAGAACGGGAGCGCGAAAGGGAACGUGAUCGGGAGCGAGAGAGGGAGCGCGAUAGAGAGCGAGAACGCGAACGGGAACGCUUGCCCAGUACACUCGAUCGGAAGUAUCUAAAGGAUCCCGGGUUGGCGGGACGAGGGGGGAAGUUCUAUCAGGGCAUCUCGAACUGGGCGGAACGUCAGGAACCCGCCUCGAAUGUGAAUCACUUUUCGUCGCAGGCAUUUCGCGAGGAUCUCCAGGAGACCAUACGUCGCAACGGGCUGAAGAAGAAGCUGAGUGGAGGAGGUGGAGCUCCGCCCGAUGUGGUGGCAGCCACAGCGAACGAUAGCUAUGUGAGUCGAGAGGAUAUACUGCAACAGAAGCGUCAGAGCUUGUCCUCGCAAUUCCUGGCGCGUUCUACACGCGGCUCACGCGAUGCCCUCGACGAUUUGGAUGCCAUACCGGGUCUGGGACUCGGCCCAGCCCCAGGACCCGUAGCUGGUCGCGUUCCCGCUGCGGCUGCUUAUGCUCCGCGAGCUGUUGAGGAGCCGUCACACAAGCGUGUUGCCUACGGACAUGCGCACGGACACGGACGCAGCAGCAGCAAUCCCAUCAUCAACGGCCAUGCACCGUCCAGUAACAACAGCAACAAUGUGGGACGGGGAAAGAGCUACGAGCGGGGUAGCGAACAGUUUGCGCCGAGCAGCAGCAGCAACAGCAACCUGGGACGACCCACAGUACCGCAGCGUCGACGUGCCAUCGAAAAGAAGCUCGGAGAGCUGCAACAUGGCUCGAAGGUUGUGGGACCGUCCACAACGGGAGCACAGUUGGAACCACCGCCGGAUUAUUCGCCGCCACCGCGCAGUCGCAGUCGGAGCUCUUCGCCGCAGGUGGAUUAUGUGGUAAAUCGCGUCAGGCCGCCGGUUGCACCGCAGCUGGAGCCGCCGUCUGGUGUGACCAUGACACUGAAUCGCAAGCAACAGCAACGCACACGCUUUGCACCCACCUCCAGCUAUCCGCCUGCCGUCGCCGCCGUUGCACCGGUCCCGACAGCGGCCUCCUCGUUGAAUGGCAUGCGACCGACGGCGGCUUCUACGUCGAAUCUGUCCACGCUGAGUGCCAGCAAACCGAGCAAAAUGGGUCAGGUGAUUGGCAACUCGUUGCGCAAGCUGGUGAGCAAAAUCCGCUCGGCGAGUGCUGAGCGCAAGUUCCGCAUGAAGUCAGCGGCCAGCAAGUCCCGCGAACAAUCCCCGGCGGGCGGCAAUCGUGGCGGGUUGGGAGAACCGGGCACGCCCAACGGAGCAGCGGUUAAUCAGACAACCUAUCAGCAGUACAAUGUGAUCGACGGACACAUCGGUGGUGUGGGCACGAACGGAUUGAUGCGUCACAGCAGCAACGAAUCGGAUGGAUCGUUGAGCGAUCAGCAGCGACAGCCGCUCAAGCAGGAGACAGCGCUGCGUGGCCGCUCGGCAGAUCCGCAACUCCAGCAGCAGCAGUCGCAGGAGCAGUUGAUAAGUCCGCGACAGCGUUACUAUCUCGGUGAGGAUCCCUACUCGAGCACGCUUUAUGGUAAGGAGAACAUCUACGAGCGCCAUGGGAAUGCAGCUCAGGCGCACGGACGCGCUCGCCAACGUUCCCUCGAGCCACGCUACGAGCAACAGCAGCUGCAGCGGGAAAGGGAACGAGAGAGGGAGAGAGAAAGGGAACGCGAAAGGGAACGGGAGCGCGAACGUGAGCGAGAGCAGGAGGAUGAGGAUGAUUACUACGAGUCGAGAGCGUUGCCAGUGAGCUCGACAACGCAUACGCUGGGACGCUAUCAGAAGCACAGUCAACGCUUCAGCGGCUCCACACCGAACCUGAAUGCGCAGCAGGAUUAUCGCUCGGCUCAGACGUUGCCGCGCAAGCUGCACGAGUCGGGACACCAAAUGCAACGACAACAGCAGCAGCAACAGCCGCGUUACAAUCAAACCACAACGCUGGAGAAGAGCAAUCGCGGCAUCUACAGCGUUGCACCGGCUCCCAUGCGACCACAGCAACAGUCACAGCAACAGCAGCAGCAACAGCUUGAUGCGGCGAUUCAGGGACCUGCAAAGCCAGCGCGGACUUAUGCCAAAGUGCUGAAUCGCAGCAAGAGCUUCAAUGUGCACGGCAUGAAUGGCAGCAACGAUCCUAGUCCCAUCUACAUCGAGAAGCUGACGAGGAACAACUAUAGCAAUGGCUACGCCAGCAGCGGACGCCAGUUGCCCCCUGCAACGCAGUUCCAACAGCAGCAACCGCAACAAUCGGAAGCGUACAAAUCGAAUCCGCAUCUCUUUUCCAGCGGCAAGGAUAAUUCACUGAAGAGUGGCCUCAAAAGUCCCUCGAUUGUGAAUUUGAUCAGUCGCAGUCAAAAGGAUCUAAGCAAAAUCACCGCUAACGAUGAGGAUCUCUAUCAGGAGGACAGAAAACGCGAGCGCGAGCAACAGCAACAACUUUAUAUGCGGGCUCCCGAUCUCUAUCGUGUGAUGCAUGGCGGGGUUGAGGAGGAUUACGCUAGAUCACCCAAGUAUGCGUUGCAGGCAAAGUAUUCCCUGGACUCGCGCUCUCCCCCAGCCGUUGAGCUCAACAAGGACACGGCGAGCAUUGUGCGGCAACAGCAGCAGCAUCCACAGCAUCAUCCACAGCAGCUGCGUCGCGGCUCUGGCGCCACCAUCAUCGAGCUGCGCAAUCGCAAGUGAAACGCAGAACAAGUCUCCACUCUCCACAACUCUCCGCAGUUACUCGACUCUCGGCUUUAGUUUCAUUUGACAAGCUGCAAAUCAAAAUGAAAGGCCCCAGGAUACAAAAUAAGCACCCAACAGCAUUGCAGUCGUCAUCAUUAUUAUUAUCAUCAUGAUUAUCAUUAUUAUUAUUAUUAUUAUUAUUUUUUGUUGCCUCUGCUGCCACACCUGACACACGCCCCUUUCUUCCAUCAUAUUCUAUAUAUGUGUUUUUUUUUGGUUUUUUUUUACUAAUUGUAACAAUUUAAUUGUAACUUUUGUUGUAUAGUUAAACGUUAAACACUUGAAACUAAUUAAUUAAUUUGCAUAUAAUUAUGAAUUAAUUGUCGCCUCCCCCUUCCCCUACUUACCUACUACAAACCUAAUAUGUACUUAUAUCUACUAUAUAUAUUUAUAUAUAUAUGUAAAAUUUCAAAAAUGGGAAAAACAAAAACAAAAACAAACAAGGAGUAAAACAAACAUAAUUUACACAUUUAAUAAUAAUUUGCUUAAUAAUACAACCAAUUCCAAUUACAAAAAUUAUAAUAAACAAACAACAUAAAGUGCCAAAAUAAAUA